CAGGACCAGGGGCAGGACCUCAAGGCCGGAGGACGCGAAGAAGAAGAAGGCUGGUCCUUCAUUGAAGCUUCGGCAGCGGCGGCGGCGGCGAAGGGCCAAGGAGAAGAAGGAGAAAAAGAAGAAGGGAACGACGCCACCGGCGGAGGAGGCGGGUGGGGGGCGGCAGCGCCCAGGAAGAAGGGGAAUAAGAACACCGACAACCCGAAGAUGCUGGAUCGUCAGGAGGACAGCGUCGUGCAGGAGGAGGUGAUCUGCGUGGGCUGCGGCGGCAGGAUCACCGAGAGGUGGUUCUCGAAGACGCAGGAGGGCGUGUGGCACUCCGACUGCCUCCGCUGCUGGGAGUGCCACCAGCCCUUGGAGGAGAAGUGCUUCGCCAAACACGGACACCUCUACUGCAGGGAGGACUAUUUCCGAAUAUUCGGCUGCGGAAGAUGCGGACGCUGCGGCCUGGACAUAGCGCCCCAAGAGCUGGUCAUGAGAGCGAGACACCACGUUUUUCACCUCCACUGCUUCACCUGCGCAUCGUGCCACGUGCAGCUACACAAAGGCGACCACUUCGGAAUGCGCGACGGCGCCGUCUACUGCCGCCCGCACUACGAACUCAUCCUGCAGUCGGAGGCCGAGAUGGAGACCGUGGGGGUGGCAGCAGGUAUGUCCUACCCUCCCCUCUCCCCUGCUACCCCCAGACUAGCUUACUACAACGGGGUGGGCGCGGCACAGAAGGGACGCCCACGCAAGAGAAAAAUACCGAGCGAUGACAUGCCGCCCCUCACGCCCAUCACGGCUGGCAUGGAGAUGGUGCCGGGCGGCGAAAUCUCCCACCUGGACGGCUACAGGUACGACCAGCAGGGCGGGGGCCAGAACCGCACCAAGCGCAUGCGCACUUCCUUCAAGCACCACCAACUCAGAACCAUGAAGUCCUACUUCAACCUCAACCAGAACCCGGACGCCAAGGACCUCAAGCAGCUGGCGCAGAAGACAGGCCUGUCCAAGAGGGUUCUUCAGGUGUGGUUCCAGAACGCCAGAGCCAAAUGGCGGCGGAACAUGCUGAAGCAGGAGCAGGAACGACACAUAGAGAACAAGAUGAAGGAACCAGCCAGCCUCCUUGGGGACCUCCGCCCCGUCGACGCCAUGGGUCCCGGAAUCACCGACCUCUACUCCAUGUCGUCCGGUGACGAAGGAAGCCAGUCCCUCCAGUUUACCGACAUGUGUCAGUAGGAUCUCUCUCUCGGUAGGAUGCCGGAUGCGCGGAGGAUGAAUUCGUGUAAUCCUCCCCAUCAUUUAUCGACGCAGGUAAUUUAUAAUAAAUAUAUAUAGUACAUACAUGACUCUCCACGGCGACGAAGCGAUGGCGGACGACGAGGUCAUCCAUCCCCGAGGCGGUCCAGGAAAGACGCCUGGAAGUCUGCAAGUCCGCGUUGCUGGAUUUCUCGGGUUUCUUUGUCCAAAGAGUUUUAAAUUUUAAAAAUAAAAUAAAAGUUUGAUGUGGGAUUCAACAUAUAUAAGAUGACGGAAAUUCUGUUUAAGCCUCUUUUGCGUCAAUGGCUCUACGAAGCGUUAGUUUAUCGCAAGUAAAGAUUUUAUUUUAUUUCAAUUUCUUUGUAAAUCUGGAAACGAGCCUGUAAUAGUUUGCUUUUUUCUUUCGAUAUGACAGAGACUAUGACAAGGAUCUAGUCAUUUUUCAAGUGAAACGACGCGUAGAAGUUAUGCGAUUUAUAUUUACAUAUUGGCCUUGAUACAUAUGUGCAACACCAGUGUGCAUGUGUUUACUUAAUUAUAUAUUGAUAAAAAUG